AAAAGAUCAUUCAGUACCUUUUUGGCAUCUCAUAUGAAAAUGACAUGGAUCUGAUAUUUUUGUAUUGCUCUUCUGGGACAUAUCCCGUACCGGUACUUCGCCGAGACAGGAAAGUCGUAAACUGGCCUUCCUGACUUGGCUUGGUCUCAAGUACCGGUACGGCCAACCCUAAUCACGGAAUCCGUUCAGCAAUUGUGUUUGGAUGAUUCCCCUCCGCUGAGUGACCUCAGCUGCCCCGCCAUUCAACUCUCCAGUUCUCAUCCUAUAUGAACGGCUUUUGUCGCAAUUUGGUAUCAAGAAGCAUCCCAGCUGCUUGGAGGCCUCGCAUUUCCUCAAGUGUGACAGAAAGCUUCUGGGCUUCCACGACCGCUUGCAGAAUGGCGUCGACUACGAUUCAUUCGCCCCGCGAUCCCAAUACGUUGUCCAACUAUAACAAUUUCAUCACCACGCAUACUGUAGCCAAUUUUAAGAUCGACUUCAACCAGAAGAAGCUCCAAGGCAAUGUGACACUGCAGCUCAAGUCCAUUACUCCGGCCGAGAGCGACUACAUAACCCUCGAUACGAGCUAUUUGGAUAUCAAGGGUGUGAAGCUCGAUGGUACUGCGGCUAAAUGGGAGGUGCUUCCUCGCCUGGAACCCUAUGGAAGUCCUCUCAAGAUCAGUCUGCCCAGUGGCGUAGCGGAUGGCGAGACGGUCAAUGUUGAUAUUUCGCUGUCAACUACCAAGGACUGUACGGCGCUGCAGUGGCUGGGCCCAGCACAGACAUCAAACAAGAAACACCCGUAUAUGUUCUCCCAGUGCCAGGCUAUCCAUGCACGAAGCUUGUUUCCCUGUCAAGAUACACCCGACGUCAAAUCUACCUAUGACUUUAAUAUUCGCUCGCCUUUGCCAGUCUUGGCUAGCGGUCUUCCCACAGGCUCCAAGGACUUUGAACAAGGCGAGCAUGGCGAACCUGGUACCCUGCUUUACACGUUUCAACAAGCGCUGCCGAUUCCCAGUUAUCUGUUUGCACUUGCCAGCGGUGAUAUCGCAUCCGCUGCAGUAGGCCCGCGCAGCGUCGUCUGCACGGGUCCAGAGGAGCUGCAAGCAUCGAAAUGGGAACUUGAAGAUGAUACGGAGCGGUUUAUCCAGGCCGCCGAGAAAAUUGUCUAUCCAUACGCAUGGACGACGUACAACGUGUUGGUUUUACCUCCCAGCUUCCCCUAUGGAGGAAUGGAGAACCCUAUUUUCACCUUUGCUACGCCAACUAUCAUCUCCGGAGACCGAGAGAAUGUCGACGUUAUCGCACAUGAACUUUCUCAUAGCUGGAGCGGCAAUCUUGUGAGCAAUGCUUCCUGGGAGCAUUUUUGGUUGAAUGAGGGCUGGACGACAUAUCUCGAGCGUAGGAUCCAAGCAGCCAUUCACGGCGAGCCGCACCGAGACUUUUCUGCCAUUAUUGGUUGGAAGGCACUCUCCGAUUCCAUCGACCAAUUUGGCGAGGACCACGAAUUUACAAAAAUGAUCGUUGAUCUCAAGGGCAAGGACCCUGACGAUGCAUUCUCAAGUAUUCCCUACGAAAAGGGAUUCGUCUUCCUUUAUUAUCUAGAGAAACUCGUGGGAAAAGACAAGUGGGACAAGUUCAUUCCUUACUAUUUUACCAAGUACAAGGGAAAAUCGCUCGACUCCUAUGAUUUCAAGUCUACUGUGCUCGAAUUUUUCGCCAACGACGUUGAGGCGUCCAAGAAGGUCAACGAUCUUGAUUGGGACACAUGGUUCUACAAACCUGGUUAUCCUCCAAAGCCUAAUUUCGACACCUCGCUAGUUGACCGAUGCUAUAAGCUAGCUGAGGAUUGGGCGGAGCUGUCCAAGGACGGCGGUAAAGCCGACUUCAAGCCGAGCAAAGAUGAUAUCGCUGGCUGGACCGCUAAUCAGGUCGUGGUGUUUCUGGAGAAAAUCCAGAGCUGGGAAAACCCAAUGAUUAAAGGUGCUGUGGAGCUCAUGGGUAAAAGAUACGGCUUUGAGAGUAGCCAGAACGUCGAAGUGGUAAGCCGGUACUUUGGCAUCGGCUUGAAGGCGAAAUAUACUGCUGUUUACCAGGCGAGCGCUGAUUUGCUCGGCCGCGUUGGGCGUAUGAAGUUUGUGCGGCCGCUGUACCGCCAGCUCAACGAAGUGGACCGAGAUCUUGCGGUCAAGACAUUUGAAAAGAACAAAGAUUUCUAUCAUCCCAUCUGCCGGCAGAUGGUUGAGAAAGAUCUGUUUGGAAAUAAAUAGAAGAACCCAAAAGAUGUGAGUAAUGUUAGGGGAUGCGUCUUCAAGAGAUGCGACGGUCCACUAAGGACGCCAGCAGCUCCUUGUCCCAGCGCCACUGCAGGGGUAGUAAAAAAGAUGCACUCAUGUAAUAAACUAGAUACUAGCAUUUGUGAGGAUGGCAUCUAGCCAAUAUCCUUGAAAAAAUCCCAAUAUUCUGUGAUGUAUUGUGCUUG